AUGUGCCGGUGGGACUCUGGGGCUCUUUGGAGCUCUCGUUCAUGUGGAAGGUUUGAGCCCUUUUGAAUCCGUUAAAGGAGAAGCCGCUGCUCGCGAUGAGCUCCCAAAGCCAUCCAGAUGGACUUUCCGGCCGAGACCAGCCAGUGGAGCUGCUCAGCCCUGCCCGCGUGAACCACAUGCCCGGCUCGGCGGAUGUGGCCUCGGCGCUGCCUUUGCCAGCGGCACCCCCGGCGGUGCCCACGGACCUGCGCCUGGACCACCAGUUUCCGCUGCCCACGACGGAGCCCGGCGUCCGGGAACGGCAGCUGCAGCAGGAGCUCCUGGCCCUCAAGCAGAAGCAGCAGCUCCAGAGGCAGAUCCUCAUCGCCGAGUUCCAGAGGCAGCACGAGCAGCUGUCCCGGCAGCACGAAGCCCAGCUGCACGAGCACAUCAGACAACAGCAGGAGCUGCUGGCCGUGAAGCACCAGCAGGAGCUGCUGGAACAUCAGCGGAAGCUGGAGAGGCACCGCCAGGAGCAGGAGCUGGAGAAGCAGCACCGAGAGCAGAAGCUGCAGCGGCUCAGGAACAAGGAGAAAGGCAAAGAGAGUGCUGUGGCCAGCACAGAAGUGAAGAUGAAGCUACAGGAGUUUGUCCUCAAUAAAAAGAAGGCGCUGGCCCACCGGAACCUGAACCACUGCAUGUCCAGUGACCCUCGCUACUGGUAUGGGAAGACGCAGCACAGCUCCCUGGACCAGAGCUCCCCGCCCCAGAGCGGGGCGUCGGUCUCCUACAGCCACCCGGUCCUGGGCAUGUACGACGCCAAAGAUGACUUUCCUCUCAGAAAGACAGCUUCUGAACCCAAUCUGAAAUUACGCUCCAGGCUAAAGCAGAAAGUGGCUGAAAGACGGAGCAGCCCCCUGUUGCGCAGGAAAGACGGGCCAGUGGUCACGGCUCUCAAAAAGCGUCCUUUGGACGUCACAGACUCGGCCUGCAGCAGCGCCCCGGGCUCUGCACCCAGCUCACCCAACAACAGCUCUGGGAACGCCAGCGCGGAGAAUGGGAUCGCGCCCGCUGUCCCCAGCAUCCCGACCGAGACCAGCCUGGCGCACAGACUGGUGACGCGAGAAGGCUCGGUGGGCCCGCUGCCCCUGUACACGUCACCAUCCCUGCCCAACAUCACGCUGGGACUUCCCGCCACCGGCCCCUCCGCGGGGGCGGCCAGCCAGCAGGAGGCCGAGAGACUGGCCCUCCCAGCCCUCCAGCAACGCAUCUCCCUCUUCCCGGGCACCCACCUCACCCCCUACCUGGGCAGCGCACCCCUGGAGCGCGACUCGGGGGCGGCUCCCAGCUCCCUUCUGCAGCACGUGGUCCUCCUGGAGCAGCCGCCCGCGCAGACGCCCCUCGUCGCAGACCGCUACCUUGCAGGCCUGGGAGCGCUGCCCCUGCACGCGCAGCCCCUGGUGGGGGCGGAGCGCGUGUCCCCGUCGGUGCACAAGCUGCGGCAGCACCGCCCGCUGGGCCGCACGCAGUCGGCGCCGCUGCCCCAGAGCGCGCAGGCGCUGCAGCACCUGGUGGUCCAGCAGCAGCACCAGCAGUUCCUGGAGAAGCACAAGCUGCACCUCAGCAAGAUCAUGCCCAAGGCGAGCGAGCCGGCCCGGCAGCCCGAGAGCCACCCCGAGGAGACGGAGGAGGAGCUGCGCGAGCACCAGGCCCUCCUGGAGGAGCCCUUCCUGGACCGGCCCUCGGGGCCAAAGGAGGCGCACGCGCUGGCCGGGGUGCAGGUGAAGCAGGAGCCCACCGAGAGCGAUGAGGAGGAGGCGGAGCCGGGCCGCGAUGAGGAGGAGGCGGAGCCGGGCCGGCAGCAGCCCUCCGAGCAGGAGCUGCUGUUCAGACAGCAAGCCCUCCUCCUGGAGCAGCAACGGGUCCACCAGCUGAGGAGCUACCAGGCGUCGAUGGAGGCGGCCGGCAUCCCCGUGUCCCUCGGCGGCCACCGGCCUCUGUCCCGGGCGCAGUCCUCCCCCGCGUCCGCCACCUUCCCCAUGUCUGUGCAGGAGCCCCCGACCAAGCCGCGGUUCACCACAGGCCUCGUGUACGACACGCUGAUGCUGAAGCACCAGUGCGCCUGCGGGAACACCAACAGCCACCCCGAGCACGCCGGGCGCAUCCAGAGCAUCUGGUCCCGGCUGCAGGAGACCGGCCUUCGAGGCAAAUGCGAGUGUAUACGCGGACGCAAGGCCACCCUGGAGGAGCUGCAGACAGUGCACUCAGAGGCGCACGCCCUGCUCUACGGCACAAACCCCCUCAACAGGCAGAAACUGGACAGUAAGAAACUUCUAGGCUCGCUGACGUCGGUGUUUGUCAGGCUGCCCUGCGGUGGUGUCGGGGUGGACAGUGACACCAUAUGGAACGAGGUCCACUCGUCGGGGGCGGCCCGCCUGGCCGUGGGCUGUGUGGUGGAGCUGGUCUUCAAGGUGGCCACGGGGGAACUGAAGAAUGGCUUUGCCGUGGUCCGCCCCCCAGGACACCACGCGGAGGAGAGCACGCCCAUGGGGUUCUGCUACUUCAAUUCCGUGGCCGUCGCAGCCAAGCUGCUCCAGCAGAGGCUAAGUGUCAGCAAGACCCUCGUGGUGGACUGGGACGUGCACCACGGGAACGGGACCCAGCAGGCCUUCUACAGUGACCCCAGCGUCCUGUACAUCUCGCUGCACCGCUACGACGACGGGAACUUCUUCCCGGGCAGCGGGGCGCCUGACGAGGUGGGCACGGGGCCCGGCGUGGGCUUCAACGUCAACAUGGCUUUCACCGGCGGCCUUGACCCCCCCAUGGGAGACGCAGAGUACUUGGCGGCCUUCAGGACUGUGGUCAUGCCGAUCGCCAACGAGUUUGCCCCAGACGUGGUGCUGGUGUCAUCGGGCUUCGACGCCGUGGAGGGCCACCCCACGCCCCUCGGAGGCUACAACCUCUCCGCCAAAUGUUUCGGGUACCUGACGAAGCAGCUGAUGGGCUUGGCUGGCGGCCGGAUCGUUCUGGCGCUGGAGGGGGGCCACGACCUCACAGCCAUUUGCGACGCCUCGGAAGCCUGCGUCUCUGCUUUGCUGGGAAACGAGCUUGAUCCUCUCCCAGAAAAGGUUUUACAGCAGAGACCCAAUGCGAACGCCGUCCGGUCGAUGGAGAAGGUCAUUGAAAUCCAGAGCCAGUACUGGCGCUCCCUGCAGCGGCUCGCCUCCACCGCCGGCUACUCCCUGGUUGAGGCCCAGAAGUGCGAGAACGAAGAGGCCGAGACCGUCACUGCCAUGGCCUCGCUGUCCGUGGGCGUGAAGGCCCCCGAGAAGAGGCCCGACGAGGAGCCCAUGGAGGAGGAGCCGCCCCUGUAGGUGCGCCCGAGGCUGCGGUUCUCUUGUUCGUUGUCUCCGUCUUGAAGCUCCGCCAAGAAGAGUCGCCGUCGCCCUGCGCCCUGCCCCGGCCUUGUCGGAGCCCGCGGGUGCGGCGGCGGGCGGCCCUCUGCCUGCCAGGACCCGGACAGACGCCGGCACGCGCGGACGCAGGGACGCGCGGAGACGGGCGCUCUGGGCUCCCCGGGGACGCCGCAGAGGAGGGAAGCCUGUGGCGGCGCGGGGCAGAGCUGCUCACCCAGCCGGCGCGAGAAAAGGAAAGCGAAAAUCAAAGAUCUCACGACACACAGCAAAAAACUUGAUGAAGACUGGUGCUCACGGUUUGGCGACUCCCCACAAUUCCGCAGUCUCCGUGCGAACCACGCACCUCAUCCUGUAGCUUAUUUCUUUUGACGAGCAAGUCGCCACGGCCCCGGCCGGCCUCCGACGCCGCGGUGCGCGGCGCGCGGCGGGGUGGGGCCCAGAGCGGGCGAGCGUUUAAGGAGAAAAACUGGGCGAGACAGAAACGUGAGCCCGCGGGAGCCGGCUUUGGUUUCUCAAAGCCGGUGGAAGACGCGCGUUUGUGCCUUUCUUUUUAUUGCUCUGACGGAUUUCUGUGGCUGGGUUUUCUGACGUCUGAGGAACAAUGCCUUAAGAAAAAAUAAACAGCACGAGUCGGUGGGACAGCUCCCUGUGGCCGGCGGGACCAGAGGCCGCUGGCCGCUGGCCGGGCCCUCGGCGAGCAGCCCGGCCGUGGCCAGCAGCUCCGGAGGGCUGAGGUCCUGCCACCCCGUUUCCCUUUAUUGCUGUUGAAAAAUGGAGGUAGUUCCAAAAAAGUGGCAAAUACUGUUGGGGGUUUUGCAGUCCAACAAAUUUUAAAUGAAUCCAAAGUGUUCUUUUCUCGUACAUCAUAUAACAAUUGAGCGUCUCCAUUUGGUUGUGAAGCAUGUCCUAGGCACACUUUCAGUGUUACGAUCGGAAUGCUUUUUAUUAAAAGCAAGUAGCAUGAAGUAUUGCUUAAAUUUUAGGUAUAAAUAAAUAUAUAUAUAUGUAUAAUAUAUAUUCCAAUGUAUUCCAAGCUAAGAAACUUGAUUCUUACGAGAUCUUGAUAAAAUAUUUAUAAUGCAUUUAUAGAAAAAGUAUAUAUAUAUAUAUAUAUAUAAUAAAUGCAAAUUGUAAAGGUCCCUGGCGAAUGAACGACUUGUGAAUUAGCUAUCAAGGUGCUUAUGGAAAGGGAUCUAGUUUGAAGCUCGUGUAUUUCUGAACUCCAGAUUGGAGAGCUUUCAAUCACACAUUCGCCACGGGGCAACCACCCUGCAAGACUGUACUUUCAUCUUAGUUAUUUUCUGACCCGGCCCCUUCCCACUCCAAGCCUCCAUGCACAAGUGUACCUAAUGAGUUUUUAUAGCAAAGAAUACAAAUUUGCUGUUGAUUUUGUAUGAAUUUUUCACAAAAAGAUCCUGAAUAAGCAUUGUUUUGUGAAUUUUACAUUUUUUUCUCACCAUUUAGCGGUUUUCUGAAUGGUAAUAACAUCUAAACUCCUUCCCUUCUGAAUUUUUGCUUGUACAUUUUUUUUUAACUUUGGAAGGUAUUUUCUUUCUUUAUUAUUUUCAUUCUGUGUAUUUUUGUACAGUGAGCACAGAGUUUACUUUCAGAGUGAGCAACAAAUGUGCAGCAGGGUCUGAGGUCUGCUCCCCUGGUCCCGUCCCUCGGCUGGACGUAGAGCGCGGGGCCCUUCUUGCCGUCUGCGCGUCGUGGGCUCAGGGGGAGCUCAUCGCAGCGCUGAGCUGUGGGGGGCUUGCCAGACACCAAGGGCCGUCAGCGUUCACAAAGCUCGUGUUUAAACUUCUCUGACCACGUGGUCGGGAUAGAAUUUCCGCUUCACUUUUCCAAAGACCUUGUAAGCAUGUCAGCAACGUGUGGGGCUGGCGAGGGGGGCCCGGCACCCAUUCUGGGUUUUUCUGCUGCAGCCAUAUGGUAGGGCCCCGGCCAGGAGGCCUGGAUCUUGGAGCCCGUGGUCGCAGGGAGCCUGGGCCCGCGGGGGCGGCAGACUCCUGACCGGGACAGCCAACCUUUGCUCUUUUUCUCUUUGACAGUAACUGAAAGUCACUUUUUACUGGUAACUUAUUUUCCAGCACCUGAAGCCACCAAGUGUCAUUCCAAAGUGUACGUCAGGUUCUGAUUUGAGGGAGUGCAGGCCAGCUUGCCCACAGCCCGGAGCCCCCAGCCAAGUCUCAAGUUUGGCGACGUUUACAGGGUAGCUUCUGAAAGAGACUCUGACGCGGCCAGACUUGGACCAAGAGAAUCCAGAUUCUUGGACUGGCUUGGUCGCCGGGCUGCUGUUGGUCAGACUUGGGACAGUGGUUGAGGGCAGGACAGGAAGGCCUUGGGACACGUCUGAUGUUCUCUCCCCUCCUGGCCUUUUGCCCUGAGGCCCAAGUUGGCCGGGGGAGCUGGAGUGUGCGGACAGCUGGAUCCACCCAGCGGCCACAGCGGUGGCAGGGCCCAGCCGGCCGGCUUUUCUGGCCUUCUCGGCCCCAUUUUACUGCGGGGACACCCCUCCCCCGCCAGCUGCCUGCCCACUUCCCGCCAGCCGUGGCUCCUUGGGAGGAACACAUCAUCUGGCAUUCUUUACAGGUGAUGGGUAACACGGACCCUGGUGGCCAAGUUAACUUUGGGGGGAUUUACUGCUAAUCUCAUUCAACAGAGACCUCCUCUGCAGAAGGCCCGGUAGGGGGAGCGUUGUCAUUUGUCAGCUCGCUCCAGCUUCACAGGCGUGCUUAAAGCAGUACCGUGUAGCCUUUUCUUUUCUUUAAAGACACAGCCCUUCUCGACGGCCAGCCGUCCAGGGCAGAUGGCGGAGGGCCCACCCGGAGUGCCCGCAGGCCCACCGCCUCAGGGAGGGCCCCUCACACCUUCCCUCUGUGGUCCCUGGACCUCUGGCCUUUUUGUUCCUUUGCAGAGGCCUUGGGGGCACUGGCCGGGGGUCAGCAAGUGAGCACUUUAUAUCCCUUUGCGGGAAACCCCGUGAUGCCCCGGGACUCGUGGUGUCACCCUGCCUUUGGGCCCUCCAGCUGCGCCACGCGGUGCCCAAGCCCCACCAGCAGGCGGCCCUCCCUGGGCUGCACCCGAGCCCCUGGGACUGGCCGCCCCUCCGGUUCUGAAGGGCCACUUUGUCAAAGUGUUUGGGUUUUUCUUUACUUCUUUUCAAAGUUUGUUUCCAGAGGAAGGACCGUUUUCUACUGGUCUGAUUUUUGCAGCACUAGCAAUGGAAUUCCUUGUUUUUAAUUUUUGAUCAGAACAUUCCUUCUCUCCUGGUCACAGCCAUGCGUUCAUUCCAUUCUUCUUUUUGUAGACUUUUGGGCCCACGUGUUUUAUGGGCAUUGAUACAUAUAUAAAUAUAUAUAUAUAAAUACAUAUGAAUAUAUUUUUUUAAGUUUCCUACACCGAGGUUGCAUGGGCUGUUACGAGCGGCAUGUCUUUAUAUUGUAUACGGAUUUUGCACGCCAAACGCGGCAGCUUGGGGAAGAAGAGAAAUGCCUUUUUGUUCCCCUCCCAUGACAUUUGCAGACACAAAAGAUGGGAAUUUUUCUGUAAAACGAAACAAAACCUUGAAGGAGAGUGAGGGAGGGGGGAACGUUUGCAUCUUAUUGAACUUAUUCUUAAGAAAUUGUACUUUUUAACGUAAGAAAAAUAAAAAGGACUACUUAAACAUUUGUCAUAUUAAGAAAAAAGUUUAUCUAGCACUUGUGACAUACCAAUAAUAGAGUUUAUUGUAUUUAUGUGGAAACAGUGUUUUAGGGAAACUACGCAGAAUUCAAAGUGAACUGCCUGUCUCUCUCGGGUUGAUUUAGAGGGAUUUGUUCUGUUUGGUUUCUUCCCUUCUCUCCUUGCUCAGGGGCAAGGCGAGCGCCGCCCCCGCCCCCAGCCCUGGUGGCCGUCGGUUCUGCUGGGGAACCCGAGGCCCCAGCGGCCGUUUCCGCACAGCUGUGCCGACUUUUCCUGACUUUUAGAUCAUGUAUGGCUAAGAUUUCACUUUAAACUCAGCAGUCGUGAACUGUGCUGCACUGUGGUUUAAAAUCAUACUUUGCAUCGAGAGGAAACCAUUUCUUCCUUGUAAUGAAGCAGAGCUUUCCCAGCUCGGCUCACUCUGUCUUUGACAUGAUUAAAAGCCUCCUAUUGAAGGAAAAAGAAAGCAGACAGUUUCUGUUUGUUUUUGUCGUUGUUGUUGUUUUGGUGUGUGCGCUCCACAGCGGAGGCGCUAUUUUCCAGUUUACGAGGGUGACAAACAUGUCACCACAUGUCUACAGGAGGGGGUUGGCCCUGUUCACCCAAGAGCUCCUCACCGUGUCGUGGAAAACGCGGUGCUGACGGCUUCCUGUCCCACCCGACGCCUGUUCGCGCUAACGCGGGCGCCGCGCUGGUAACAGAGACCCGUCUCAUCUGUAACUUAAUCAGUUCUCUGAUUGUCUGGACCUCCCAGUGGUUCUUUCCUUUGCUCGGUGGAGUUGGAGAUUUUGUUCUUGGUUUUCUCAUUCUUGUUUCCUUCUCUGUGAGUGGAUUUUCACCGACUGAGGUGUCCUCCCCUGACGGCCGACUCCACUUCACCCGGAGUCCAGUGUUUGUACCUCAUCAUACGACUUGUCACUCUUGUGGUGUAAAUAAAGAGCAUUAAUUGCCCUCCCACCUGUGGUUUCUGCCGUGUGCUCUCAUCCUCGCUGGCUCUGUGCCGGGGACCCUGGGGGGGUGGCUCCUGGGACCCAGCCCAUCCGCAGCCCUGUCACCCUCCACCCGUACAGACGGCCUACAGGAGUGUCUUCACUUAAAUGUCCAAUAAUUCAAGUCCUUGCACUAUUUUCUCCCCAAAAUCCUGGUCUGGAGAUGAGCUCGUAGGUGAACGAAGGCCGAAGGGAAGGGACCAGAGGCCCGGCCUCCCCACAGCCGGGCACUCUCUCCCUGAGGCCGUGAGUCUGCAAACACGGCCCCCAGCAACACUGCCACCCCCAGGUGACCACCAUACUUCCCCGGUGGUCACACCCCUUCCCAGGCCCCCAUGUCCAGUGACUAAUAAUCGGGUGGGGGUGGGGGGGGUGGGGGGGUUAAGGGUCCAGUCCCCUUGGCCCAACUCAGGGGCCCCUCUAGCUACUUCUGGUGGGGUCAGCCUGCCCCCCAGCUGGACUCUCCCUCUGUCAAGUCCUGUUCCCUUCCUCUCCUUUCUCAGCUGUUGACCCCAAGGACACACCUUAAAAAACAUAGUGCUCGCCAGACUCCACCCAGGGUCUGCUUUCUGGGAACCCAGCCUGCAAUACCCAGGGGCCUCUGACCCCCUUGCCUGAGCCCCAGGGUGAGGCCUGUGGAGCACAGCCACCUCCACACACAAGCAGAGCUGCCCCAGGCAAGAAAUGAGGAGUUGGAGUCACUGAGUUGGGGGUAUUUGUUAUGCAGUUAUCAUUGCAGCCAUAGCUGACUGAUGCAGGCAAUGUCAAGAGACAGGAAGCUCCAAUGUAACUUGAGCCUUUUCAUGCUUAAGUUGAUUUUUAUGAGGAUAUAUUUAUUAAUUUACCCCAAAUGAGAGGAUCUUAUUCUAACAGGAAUUCUCUUUUUUAAAACAGACACAAAUUCUCUUUUUUUAAAACAGUUUUUCAAGAACACUUGAAAAAGUGUUUCCAGCUCUAGGGCAAGGAGAUUCCUGGGGGCAGCUUUUCUUCAGUUUUAUCACACUGCAGGUUUUUUGUGACAUAUCUUUUGGGUCAUUUGAUCUGAAAAUUAUUUUUUAAUGUGUGUUAUAAAGCACUGAUAUUUUUUGAACGUAUUAAAUACCUCAGCCACAUUGAGGAGAGAAAACAACACACGUCACAUGUGGCACGUGGUCCCAUUUUGCCAUAAACGUCACAAAUAGACAUGGAGGAUGCAGGUCAGCCCAGUAUGCUCCUCCCUUCCCUCCCCAGAGUGAACGCUGCCCUGGAACUGGUGUGUGGACAUCUUGUCCAUGUUUUUGCAUCUUUGCUGCAUAAUUUUACCUCCAUAAAAGUAGAAGUUAGCGCAUAUGGUGCAAGUAUUUACUGGAAAUGCCUUUUUCAUCCCAUAGUGUGUUACUGGGACUCAACUCCUCUGUGCACACACGUCUAGGGCGUUCAUUACAAGGGCCACAUGUGCUAUUUCGUUACAUGACUGUCCCCCACAUGCACAACCCAGCCCUCUUGACAUGAUAGGCAUGUAAGCUGUCGCUGGCUUUUCUCCUCCACAAAUUACGCUGCACUGGGUAUGGUUGGGGGCUCUCUCCAGGAGGAGUUGCUGGCCCUGCAUAGUAUCAGCUCUGUUAAAUCAGAACAGUCACUCCCCAAAGCUGUUUACCGAUUUUCACUCCCACCAGCAUGGAUUGGAUCAGAAGCUUGGCCAAAUACAGAGCAGCAGGAAGAAGAGUGCUGAGACCCUAUGUGCCCCCCACCUAUUCAUUCACUACAGACACUCCCACAUCCGUGUAGGCUGCACCUCUCCCCCCAGACAGGGAGGCUUGGAAGCAAAUCCCGACAGCGCAUCACCCACCUGUAUAUAUUUCAGUAGACGUCCCCCGAAGAUAAGGACUGUUUUCUUAAACAGGACACGAUACCACAUCAUGCUUUAAAAAUGGACUGUUCCUUGACGUCAUCAGAUAGCCAGCCAAAGCUGAAGCUUCUCCAACUGUCUCAUUUUUUGUUUUGUUUCCUUGCUUGUUUUUUAUGGUCGGUUACAGUGCCUACAGGAAAAAGGUAAAAGCACUGAAAGGUUACAGUUACAAAAUGAAAAAGUUUCCCAUUCCGUACCUCACUCAUACUAAAUAUUUUAAGCAAGGUUUAAAGGGUAAUAUUAUAUGGCUUAAAUAAAUAUAUAAGACU